UUCCUCUCCAGGGUCCCGGUUUUCUUGUAGCCCGCUUGGUGGUCUCUCUAAAGCCUGAGUCUACAAAGGAAGGGAUGCUCGGAGUGUUCCCCGAAGGGAGAAAGGGAGGGCUAGGGGGAGGACAGACGUCCCGGAGCCCUAAUAACGUCGGGGCAAGAUGAACUCAGGGUUUCGGGGAGACAAACGGCGCCCCUGCUGAGUAAGAGCCAUGAACCUGUGGGUCUUGCUUCUCCUGGCUGUGGUGACCCUCGGACGAGCCACCUACAGGCCCCUGGAAAAACCUCCCUGUGAUAUGGUGGACAUGGAGGUCCUGUGCCACAGCCGGGGGCUUCUGCAGAUCCCCGCAGUCCUCCAUGCAGACAGCAAGGCCCUUGACCUGUCUCAGAACCAACUGCAGAGCAUCCUGGAGACUCCACUCAUCUUUUACACUGCUCUCCAACGCCUAGAUUUAAGCUCCAAUCAGAUCAGCUUCAUUCAGUCUGGCAUUUUCACCAGCCUGCCGCAGCUGGAGUACCUCAACCUGGCCCGAAACCGCCUGGGGCGGGCGUCCCCCCAGAAUGCCAACGCGGGCCUCGGGCUCCUGCCCCGUGUGACCACCCUGGACCUCUCGAGCAAUGGCCUGUACAGCGGCCUGGCUGAGGCCUUCCUGGAGGACGCCCCGCGCCUGCUCUCGCUCUCCUUGGCGGAAAACAGCCUCACCCGGAUUUCCCGCUGGACCCUGCGGGGAGUGCCGGCCCUUGAGGAGCUGGACCUGCACAGCAACGUGAUCAUGGAGAUCGAGGAGGGGGCCUUCGACGACCUGCCCCACCUCGCCCGCCUCAACCUCUCCAUGAACUCCAUCACUUGCAUUUCCGACUUCAGCCUCCUGCAGCUGCGGUUCUUGGAUCUGAGCCGCAACAGCAUAGAGACCUUCCAGACGGCCCCCUCGGACCAGGAGUACCAGCUCCACUGGCUCGACCUGCGAGAGAACAAGCUGGCCCAGUUUCCCGACCUGCCCAGGCGCAACCAGCUCAUCUAUCUGAACGUCUCCAACAACCUGAUCCAGAUGCGGCCCACCUCCUCCCUUAGCGACCCGGGCGCGGAGGCCUGGGCCGUCGGUCCCCAGCCGCCCACUGACCCAAGCGCGAACGACAGCUUCCCCGCCCUCUCCCAUCUCUUGUUCUUGGACCUGAGCUACAAUGAGAUUGAAAGCAUCCCACAGGGAUUCUUGGACCCCAUGACUUCCCUGCAGUUCCUCAACCUCAGCAGGAACUGCCUCCGCACCUUCGAGGCCGAGUGGGAGCGCGCCCUGCCCAGCCUGGACACCCUGGAUGUGAGCCACAAUGACCUGCAGGGCUUCGCGGUGGGCCUCCACGGCCUGGCCAGCCUGCGGCAGCUCUUCCUGCAGCACAAUGCCCUGACUGCCCUGCCGCCUCUCACGCUUGCCAACCUCCCCAAGAUCCAGCGCGUGGACCUCCAGAGAAACCAGGUCCGUCCCUGCGGAGCCUGGCGGGCCCUGGCGGAGCCGGCUGCCUCGGGCUGCCUGGUCUUCUCCGGGAUCCCCUCUCUCCAAGCCCUGAACCUGGCGGGCAACGCCUUGCACAGGCUUCCAGAGGGCGCGUUCCUGCAAACCCCCCUCGUCACUUUGGACCUCUCGGCAAAUCCAGGCUUAGAGGUCGUCCCUGGUGCUCUGGCCGGGCUGGAAGCCUCCCUGGAGGUGCUGCAGCUGCAGGGGAAUGGCCUGGAUGCCCUCCACGUCGACCUUCCCCGCUUCACGCGGUUAAAGCAGCUCAAUCUCUCGGAGAACCAGCUGAGCUGGCUCCCCGCCUGGACCCGGGAGGCCUCCCUUGAAAAGCUGGACCUUCGAAACAACAGCUUCAGCCACCUUGAGAGCCGCGAUAUGAGUGGGCUGGAGGGGAGCCUCCGGCGCCUCUACCUGGCAGGGAACCCGCUGGCGUGCUGUGGCAACGGCUGGCUGGUGGCUGUGAUCCAGAGGGGAAGCGUGGACAUCGCCAACCUCGAGGAGCUGAAGUGCCGGCAUUCCAAGGACUUCAGCAGCCAGGAGGACGUCCCCUUCCUCCGCGUCCGCCCUGAGGACUGUGAGAAAGAGGGGCUCAAGAAAAUCAACGUGCUCAUCCUCCUCAUAGUUGCUCUAGUCUUGUCCGUCCUCCUCAUUGGAGUGGCUCUUUUUUGUUGCUUCUGCCGGCAGGAGUUUAACCAGCAUUUCAAAGCCUAACCCCGGGAAGGGUGGCUCCUGGCCACCUUCCUGCGGUAGAGUCAUUCUCAGUUCUUAGGAAUAUGCGGCUUUAUUGGGGUCUUAAAAGCCGGCAGGAAUCUUAGGGCUCAUUUAGUCCAACCCUUCUUUUUAUAGAAGGGGAAACUGAGGCUCAGAGAGGUUAAGGAACUUGUCUGAGAUCACACAACUCGUAAAUAUGAGGUCUAGAUCUCCUGGGAAUUUGGACACAUUUUCCGGGAAUGACCUUCAUCCGUUUAGCUAUCCAUUAGUUGAUUGUGUUCAGAAAAUGUAGGGAUCCCUGAAGCUGUUUCUUUCUGUCUCCUUCCCCCACCAUCAUAAGAUCACUUGAAGGGACUACGGAAGCUGUGUAGCUCUAUUCUACACAUAAGUAAACUGAGGUCCAAGGAGAUUACUUGCCAAAGUCACACAGGUAAUAAGGUAUAGAUAGGAUUUGAACCCAAGGUGAGCAAGCCCUUUUCCCUCUAUAGCAUACUACCUCUUGCCUACUUGUAGUCUGGGGAGACCAAAGUUACCUUCAGGAGAGAUCUUGAUUAAAGCCGGCCCAAGUGAAAUUAUGUAUCCCUUUAGGACUAGAAAGUCACCUAGGAAAAAAACACGCUAGAAUUUAUCUGGAAGAAAAAUAUUUGUCACCAUUUACGCUAAUUCUUAAAAACCUUACAUAGGAGAGGAAUGAGAAUUCCCCAAACUACUUUCUUAUCUGAUCUGAAAAUAAACACAGAAAUCACCAGCGGAGGCCAUUGCCAGAUAGUCCGAUAGAAGAUGAUAAAAAGGGACAUUUUCUCCUCCCUCCCCAGCCAGGAUAAGGACAUCAGAAAAUAGGGACUGUCAGUGACCCCAAGAUACAGAGCAUUGGGGAUGGGAACCACCCUGGAAAGAAUCCAUUUGUCAGAUGACAGAGCUGAGACCCAGGGAGAGGGAGUAAUUUAUUUAAGGUCACAGGCUCAGCCUGGGAGCUAGAACUCACAUUCCUCCUUCCAUGGGAAGGACUCUUUUCCUUGUAACACAGAUUAGGAGUUUACUGUUCUCAGCUCCCUCCCAACAGCAGCAUUUCCAUAGACCAGUAGGCACUCACCUUUUUCCCAUACUCCCAUAGCCAGUUUGGGGGUUCCGGGGCCAUGUUCCUAGUCCCUUGGGUUCUAGCCCCAACAUUUGUUCAUUGUGGAAACUAAGCAACUUCCACAGCUAACACUGCGGAAAGCUGAGCAAGGAGGUUGACUGAAAAAAAGCUCUAUUGUGGAUUCCACAGCCAAAUUGGUCCGAUGCCUGGCAGGUUAACAAGUAGUUUCCAUCUUGUUGUAUUCAAAUAGCCUUGUGAAGAAUAUACAGAGCUUACUGUUCCCAUUUCACAUAAAGGGAACCUUAAGGCCCAUAAAGAAGAAAUAAUGCUGGCCCAAGUCCAGGCAGUGUGAGCCAGGACAGAAAUUCGAAUCCCCGUGCCAGAGAGGGGGCAGAAAGUUUUCCUAUGUGGUUGAAGCAUACCAAGUGCUUAGGGGGUGUAGUGUGAGCCAAUAUUGGAAAAGAGGAGGCUCCAGUUUGUGGAAGGUCUCGAAGGAAGACGCAGUUUUAAAUUGUCAGGGAAACUAGAAAUCAUUUAGUCUAAGGAUUCUUAACCUGAUCUCUACAGACCUCCAGGGGCCCAGAGAAUAUCUGUGGACUUGGAUAGGAAAAAAAUUACUUUCACUAAGCUCGCAAUAAAAUUUAGUAUUUCCAGCUUCCUCAUUUUAAGGAUCAGGAAACUGAGUUCACAAGAUGCACUUUGUUAGUCUCAAGGAAUGAUUAAUUUCAGAUUCUAAUUAAUCCAGAUGAAUAAGUUUAUAUUUAAUAAAUAAGAAUUGAGUGCAGGGAAACUUUCAAAUUUAUCUGCUAUUUGUCGGUAUUGCGCUGUCCUUUUUCUAAAGCUAAAAUAAAGGGGUUAACUAUAGAGUCUCACCCAUCCCCCA